CAGGCCAGUUGAAGAAAGUGCCAUAGGCCUCCCCUGGAGUUUCCUUCCAUGACACUCAGGUUUUUGAACUUUGGUUUCUGGAAUUGUAGUGGUGGGUUUUCUUCCUUCUGUGGUCCUCUCUUCUUGAAGCCCUGGAAACCCGCAGACCUAGGCCAUUUGUUGAUUUAAAGGUAGGAUUGGCUCUUCCGGGGACCGUAUCUAGAGGCAUUCAGAAUGGUCCAGUGUUUGACAUACUAUCAUAGGCUUUCCUACAGUACAGCCUCUAACAAAGCUAGGCUGUCCCAAACUUCUGGUAAUAGAAUUGUUUACCUUUAUACCAAGAAAGUUGGGAAAGCACCAAAAUUCACAUGCGGCGUGUGCCCAGGCCGACUUCGAGGAGUUCGUGAUGUGAGACCUCAAGGUCUUAUGAGACUGUCUAAAACAAAAAAGCAUGUCAGCUGGGCUUAUGAUGGUUCCCUGUGUGCUAAACGUGUCUGUGACAGGAUCAAGUGUGCUUUCCUUAUUGAGGAGCAGAAAAUCAUUGUGAAAGUAUUGAAAGCACAAGCACAGAGUCAAAGCUAAAUAAAAAAUGAAGCUUUUUUGAGUGAUAAAAAAAUGAAACAGCAAAAAAAUAAAAAAAUAAAGGUAGGAUUGACUGAGUAGUGACUACUGGCUUCCUAUU